UUCAAGCAGUUGGGAUGGAGACUGAAUAAACAGCCUGAGUAAUAUUUCUGUUUGAGUCAGUGGCAGAUUUGUCAAGGGCUUCAACGAGGUUUCUUCACCAACCUUUUAUCACUUUAAUUUCCCUGCUGUACUCUUGUCCAGCUAAACUAAUUAAGGCAAAAUGUGGCUAAAUUAGCUUGAAAGCAGAGGGGUUUUUCUUUAAAACUGAAAGUAAUUAUGAAAUCAUAUUUUAACUAUCUGCUCCCUGGUAUUUUAAGGUGCGAUAUAUUGACACCUCAUACCAAGUAUUUUUUAUUUCCCUGCUUUUGUUUUUAAGUGGCUAUGCAUACUUGGUGGUUUUUCUAUACACUUGACCUGCUAUCAAAGAAAUCUGACCAAAAUUUAAGUUCUGGAUAAACUAAUGACUAAAAAUUAGACUUAUUUCCUAUUUAAAUGGUUUGGUUGGCAUAGCUUAUAUCUUGUUUAUUUCAGAAAGUAUUUGUGAAUAAAAUCAGACUUUUUGCAUCUCAAGGAGCGAUUUUUGCCUGAGACUCUCUAAAUCAUUCAGACCCUUUCAUUUAAUGCUUUGAAAUAUUGAUUAAAUAUAUUCACUCUGGUUUGCUUUAAUCUGAUUACACAUCUAGAAGUUUUCUUCUGAUGUGGUGCAGCCAUGUCUGGUGUAAGCUGGCUUAAUUAGCACUGCUCAGUGAUUUGGGACCCCUGUCAAAGGCUGUUAUGUUAUCUGGAAACAGAAGGAGUUAAAGCUGAAGCUGUGACCUCAUCCCUGUUCGUGUUACACUGGAGUAGAAGCUGCGCUGAAAGGGAUUGUUUGGCUGCAUGGCUGUCUGUGCUGAUGCUUGAUUGCUUUAAUUCGGUUCCGAUAUCUGUCGCACACUCGCUGAACAGCUCUUCCAGGAGGGAUUUGUGGGAAUGCUACAGGCGAAGCAAGCUGUGCUAAUAUCGCCUGCCCGUGGAAACAGCUCCCACGGCAAUAGACUCAGAUAGAUCUAUCUACCUGAUUUCAACUUCUUAUUGCUUCGCCUGUGAAAAUUGAAGCGGCAGCGAGGAGAGCUCACGCACAAACACUCGCGCACUCCCGGGCAGCCGCGUGUGCCAUUGAUCCCAUCCCAUCCCAUCCCCGCCGCCGGCUGCGUGGGAGCUGCGGGAGCGCCGCUGUGGCUUUAACGUGGGAGCGGCGCAGGCUACAAUAGGUGUCACUGUGUGCCUGCAGCCAUUGGCUCCGCGCUGCCGGCUCCGGCCGCACGGCUGCCGGUCCCGCUCCGCUCCCAGCCCUUCCCGCACAACUUGGGCUCGCCGGCAGCCUGGCACCGCCGCCGUGCGCUCCUCCUGCCCUCUGCCCCGGCUGUAGCGCUGCCAGGCGGCUCCCGAUCGGGAAAGCUGGAAGGAAAGAAGGCUGGCAGGAAUGAUGGGGAUGUAUUUAACGGUUCAAGUACUGGAUCAAACUUAGUUUCUUACUCUGGGUGCUGGAAAGGUCACCUUGCUGGAAGAGAAGCAGGCUCUCAGCUCUGCUGCUUUCGGUGUUACAGCUUGCACAUACGUUCCUAAAUGUUCCUAGCUAGUUAGGCUGUCGGUCUUCACACACGGGUAUACUGAUGGUAGAUGAGAAAGGAAAGAACAUGAAAUGUCUCACCUUCUUCUUGAUGCUUCCAGAGACGGUCAAGAACAGGUCUAAGAAGAGCUCUAAGAAAGGAAAUAGCAGCAGCAGUAGCAACAGCAAAUUGCCUCCAGUUUGCUAUGAAAUCAUUACCUUGAAGACCAAAAAGAAGAAGAAGAUGGCUGCUGAUAUUUUUCCCCGAAAGAAACCAGCUAAUACUAAUACAACUGCUGUCCAGCAGUACCAUCAGCAAAAUCUCAAUAACAACAACACUAUUCCUGCACCUAAUUGGCAAGGACUUUAUCCAACCAUCAGAGAGAGAAAUGCAGUGAUGUUCAACAAUGACUUGAUGGCAGAUGUUCAUUUUGUGGUCGGGCCACCAGGUGGGACCCAGCGGCUGCCAGGACACAAAUAUGUCCUGGCUGUUGGGAGCUCUGUAUUCCAUGCAAUGUUUUACGGAGAGCUUGCUGAGGACAAAGAUGAAAUCCGUAUACCAGAUGUUGAGCCUGCUGCUUUUCUUGCAAUGCUGAAGUACAUCUAUUGUGAUGAGAUCGAUUUGGCCGCAGACACUGUCCUGGCCACUCUUUAUGCUGCCAAGAAGUACAUUGUCCCUCACCUGGCCCGUGCCUGCGUUAACUUUCUCGAGACAAGUCUGAGUGCAAAGAAUGCCUGUGUGCUGCUCUCCCAGAGCUGCUUAUUCGAGGAACCUGACCUGACCCAGCGCUGCUGGGAAGUGAUUGAUGCCCAAGCUGAGCUCGCUUUGAAGUCUGAGGGCUUCUGCGACAUUGAUUUUCAGACACUUGAAAGCAUUCUCCGAAGGGAGACUCUGAAUGCCAAAGAAAUUGUUGUUUUCGAGGCAGCUCUGAACUGGGCUGAAGUGGAGUGCCAGCGCCAAGAGCUGACGGCCACCAUAGAGAACAAGCGCAAGGUGCUGGGCAAGGCUCUCUACCUGAUCCGCAUCCCCACCAUGGCCCUCGACGACUUCGCCAACGGCGCUGCUCAGUCCGGCAUCCUGACUCUCAACGAAACCAACGACAUCUUCCUCUGGUACACGGCUGCCAAGAAGCCGGAGCUGCAGUUUGUCAGCAAGCCCCGCAAAGGCCUGGUCCCUCAGCGCUGCCACCGCUUCCAGUCCUGCGCUUACCGCAGCAACCAGUGGCGCUACCGGGGCCGCUGUGACAGCAUCCAGUUUGCUGUUGAUAAGAGAGUGUUCAUUGCUGGCUUUGGGCUCUACGGCUCCAGCUGCGGGUCGGCAGAGUACAGUGCUAAGAUUGAACUGAAGCGACAAGGGGUUAUCCUGGGCCAGAACUUGAGUAAAUACUUCUCGGAUGGUUCUAGUAACACUUUUCCCGUGUGGUUUGAGUAUCCGGUGCAGAUUGAGCCUGACACCUUUUACACAGCAAGCGUGAUUCUGGAUGGUAACGAACUCAGCUAUUUUGGACAAGAAGGAAUGACAGAAGUUCAGUGUGGGAAGGUGACUGUUCAGUUCCAGUGCUCCUCGGACAGUACAAAUGGCACAGGGGUACAGGGAGGACAAAUUCCUGAACUCAUAUUUUACGCUUGAAUGGGAGUGUAUGGAUACAAAGCAUUUUGCUAUGAAGAACCUGUCUGGUUCAGGCCUACUGAUUCUUAGCUUUUUAUCUGCAGAUAUGUGAUCAGUACAGGGAAUAUGUAACUAAAUGCUGUGGGCAAGUUCCUGGCUUGCUGUACUUGUAGCAUCAUUGGUGAUUAAGUGUAAUAUUUAAACUGGAAGCUCUUAGAAACAAGCAAGUUUUAAAGGCUUUGUAAGGGGGGUGCCUGUUUGCUGGUGAUGCUGACCCUUUCUUUGAUGCACCAGUGAGGACAUCCCCCUCUUGUAUCUCACUAAACACUGUCUUCAUUGACCCAUUUUUCUUUCUCCAUUUUCUGCUUUCUGCUUGUAUUGGGGAGGUAGGGAUAGAAAACGAAGAGUCUUGUUUUACAGCUCUCUCUGCUGUCUGCUCUGCAGACUUUAGAGAUUCCAGUAUACCAAGCUGUUUUUGACCACGGGGGCUGGAAAAAGUCCUUCAGUUAAAAGCAGAAAAAGCACAAGUUCAAACCUUCAUCCUGUGAGAUUCUCCUGUAGCCAACUCUUUGGGAUGGCUCCAGGGGAAGAUGGGAAGAAGGAUGCAUCUUUCAGGAAGCUCCAUACCAGCCAUAUCCCCAGGGCAUGGACAUGUUUUACAGUGAGGAAGGGAUGUGAGCUUGUCAAGUUACCCUUGGAGUUCAUUUUCUAGGAAUCCCACCUUGCAGGCAAGGAAGUACUUGCAUGUGUUCAAAUUGUGUAUGCAGCUCUUGAAACUCUACUCCCAUCAACUCCAUGCUACACUGGAGUUGAUCUGCUCUUUAAAUGGCAUUUCUUUGAACCCUUGCUAAAUAAACGGGAAUUUAUAUAAUUCAUCUGGUGCAGGAUAAUUUUUUGUUUGUUUGGGGUGGGUUUUUUCUUCUUCCUAAAUAUGGUAGAGGCAGAUUUUAGGGGAACGAAAGAAUGUAUCAAUCUUGACUUGGAUUUUUUUUUUCUGUAAUACAAGAUUUUUUUUUUCUUUUUAUUACCAGUUGAAAUUCAGACAAUGACAGAAGAUUCCCAACUGUGGUCAUGUUACACUUACUGUAUACCAUCCAAUAGCAGUGAGGGGGAGGAAGUCUCCCCUAAUGGGUUACUGUUGGAGCUCUUGCAAUUGCUUAUGGCUACACAUCAGUCAGAGGAUUAUGGGGUCUGGAACCUUUUCCUUGCCUGAGCUUUUCCCCCCAGGAAGUUACAUGUCCGUAUAAUUUUUGAUGAUGUAAUAGGAAGUUUUACAUGUCUGUCUCAUUUUUGGAAAAAUAUGAGGGAUACUCCUUGUAUCAGGGGAGGAAACCAGUAUAGAUAAGAACUACAGGUACUAUCGAAACAUGAGAAAAUCCUUCAGUAUCCUGAUUCACCUCUGAAAUGGAUUCUGUUUGUAGCGUACCUUUUAACAAAAUGAGAAGACCAAAUGAUUCUUUAGACCUGCUGAAGAUUAAUGUUACAGUAUAUCAACACAUUAAUGUAGCUUAACCCUAAAUUCACUUGUCAGUUCUGUAAUAAAAAUGUUUUUCUCAUAUUAUUUUACCAGUUUAGUACUGUUACUCUAAGUGUUGCUUGAUGGUUGGAAUCCUGGCCCCCGGCCAUCAGAAAGUGCCAAAAUACAUCUUUGCAGUGUCCAAAAUACCAUCUGAAGUAAGGAAAAGUGGAAUGUAGUCAAAGCCCAGAUCUUCCCUCUAGGUAAUAAAAGGAGAGCCAGGUAAAAAAGUACUCCACAGGAUUUAUGCCUUUCAUCCAUCUUAGCGUUUACUGUUUUGUAUACAUACAUACAUGUGUGUAUAAGCAGCACUCUUUCUGAAAUGUAAAUACCCUCAAAAUACAUAGAAAAAUUUUUUUUUUUUUUUUUUUUUGUGGUUUUUUUUUUUUUUUUUUUUUUUUUGGUAACAGAUGUACAUAAUCCAGACUGUUUGUGAAAUCUAAACAGAAUGCUCCAUGGAAAACUCCCAGGGAGAGAUUUAUAAAAACCUCCCGUUACUUAUAUUUAGAUCUACAACUGAAAAUAGACAAGAGUAUAAAUGGUGUGGAGUGGAGAAAGAGUUGCUGAAGAGAUCGUAGAAAGGAAUCUGAGAUUGUGAUGAGGUAACGGUCAUCUACUUUUAGACACCAUCUGAGCAGCAGUUCCAUUUAUUUAGCUACAUUUCAAAGCAGAGAAAGAUGCUAAUCAGCUGAUUAAAUUUUUGUACAGCAAGUGGCUGAUGCAGAUGUAAUUACUCCGAGUGAUGAGCAGAUUGACAGGUUCUGGUAGCGAGCUGCAUUCUGAUUUAUUUGGUAAAAAAACCCAUGUGCCACAGCUGGUGGGACAAGUCACAGAGUACUGCAUUGGUUUAACAAGUCUUGGGUUCUCACUUUGAAUUUAUUAUUUGUUUUGACUUACCUGCAAAUAAAGGUGACAUAUCUGCUACAUUCGCUGUCUGGAAGAGAAGUUCAGAGGUCAGAACACUCUGCAGCUGCAAUGUGUAGAAAAUGAGCUGUUAUUUAAUUAUUGUUCUUAUUGGAUUCUUUCAUGAAGUCUUUUUGACGAAGUAGGAUGAAAGCAACCUUUAGCUUAAUUCCUCUGAGUCCAUUCCAGGUUUUGAGAGCUGGUGCAGGGAAGGGUUUCAAGUGUGGGUGAUCAAACAAAGGCACCCAAAACUCCUUUUGAAGCUCACAGCAUAACUUGCUUCUGAGCACUUUGUGACACUAACAAGUACUGGGAUGUAAGAAGGUGGCCAGUGCCACUCACCUUGGGACAUCAGGGCACUUCAGUAGGUGUCUGAAUGUGGAUUUGGUUGGUUUAGCAGAAGCACCCAAGCUUGAGUGCAUUGAUUGACAUCUUGCAAGCAUCAGCCAUAUCAGCCUGGCAUGUAAACAUAAUGUCGAUAGAGAUCACCUCACAGAUUUUGUCUAAACUGUUCCCUGCUACUUGUAUCUUUGAUUUGCUGGUGAGAGGAAUCUGUGAUAAGAGAGUAUAGUGUAAUAUACUUUCUGCAUAUCUAAAAUAGUAUUUAAGUAAAGACUUUAAUUUCUACACACUUAUUGCACUGAACUGUUUUGGGUUUUGUUUUUUUGUUGUGAUAAACUCGGCUCACUUCAGGUCCCAGCACCCAUUUGUGCUGAAGCAGUGUUUGACUUAGCAGGCUUACAGCAUUAUUUAUAAAGGACAGAUAUAUAUAAAUAUAUAAAGUACCUCAUGUUGAAUGUUAUUGUACUGUAUCUUUAAUGUCACAGUGCAGAUCUUGUUGGACUCAUGAAUGUGUAUAAUCACGUUAAACAUAAGAAUAAAAAUGAUUCUUAAA